AAUAAUUAAUUAAAUUAAAAAAAAUUUAAUAAAUAAAAAAAAAAAUAAAAAUGAAGUCGUGUAAAAUGAUCACAGGAACAAUAAUUCUCGCGUUACUGUUAACGUCAGACAUAAUAAAUGGCGAUCCAGAUGAGGAUAUUCCACAUAAUGAAGUACGCAACUGGGCACUCAAGUUCGGAGUAGAUUUAUGGGAAUUCGGCAAACAAUUGACUAAAAUGGAGAAUAUUAAAAAUAAAUACAAAGACCGAGAUGUUGAAGUGACACGAAAAGACGGGAUAAUGCUACUGCGAGAAAUUGCAACAGAAGUCAAGAAUUUCAUGGAUUUCAAAAUGAAUGCCGUGAUGAGAAUAAUGGACUCGGCGGAACAAGCAGCUCUUUCGGAGUCAGAUCCGGAUGCGCAAAGUCAAAAGUCGAGCAAUGGAUAUUACGAUUCGCGGACAAUAAAUGAGUACAAGUCAGAUGGGUCGUUGUCGGAUGGCUCGAGGCAGUUGAUUUUGACGCAUUUGCGUCGAUUUGAGGGAUUGCCCGUGAAUGUGACGUACAGUUCGUUACUUGUUCCGGAGGGAAUUGAAUUGAGUGAUGCUGAAGUUCAACAAGCAGUUUCAUGGUCAUCACAUUUAGAUCCUCUCUUCGCCAACAAUCUCGAACGCGAUCCUGCUCUUUCAUGGCAAUAUUUCGGCUCAAGCACGGGCUUUCUUCGACGAUUUCCCGGCACAGCAUGGCCUGCUGAAGGUCACAUCGACAACAAACCCAUCACAGAUUUCCGUUCAGAAGAUUGGUUCAUUCAAGCAGCUGCUUCGCCGAAAGACGUCAUUAUCCUUCUCGAUACCUCGAGUUCGAUGAGCGGCAAGGAAUACGCAUUGGCAAUGGAAACAGCUUCGGCGAUUUUGGAUACGUUGGGCGACAAUGACUACGUGAAUUUGUUCGCGAUAAACGACAAAAUUCGUUCUGCGGUGCCAUGUUUCAAUAAUUUACUCGUACGAGCGACGCCUGACAACAAAAAGGAGAUAAAAGCUGCAGCAAAUGCGAUUGAUCCGGAUGGCACAGCGAAUUUUACGGGAGCUCUUGAUACGGCGUUCGAACUUUUGCAUCAGUACAACACAUCGGGGAAGGGAAGUCAAUGCAAUCAAGCGAUAAUGGUGAUAACUGACGGGCCUGAUGAAACGUACGAAUCGAUAAUUAAGCAACAUAAUUGGCCUCAUCGUCCUGUGAGGAUUUUCACAUAUCUAAUUGGCAAAAGUUCGAGUGGUGCUGAGAACCUGAAUUGGAUGGCGUGUCAAAAUAAAGGAUAUUUCGUGACAAUUAAGACUCCGGAAGAUGCUCGGAAGAAAGUUAUGCAAUACGCCUUCGUCAUGGCACGCCCAAUGGUACUUUAUCAAGCAGAUCAUCCCGUUCAUUGGAGUCCUGUCUUCGUUGGAGGACGCAGUUCAGGCUUUCACGUGAGCUCUGAUGAAAAACGACGACUUGUGAUUACCGUAACGACACCCGUUUUCGAUCGCCGGAAUCAUUCAGUGCGAGUUGCGAACCUUUUGGGCGUUGUAGGCACCGAUGUGCCCAUCGAAGAGAUCCAAAAAGUCAUUCCGCAACACAAAUUGGGCGUUAAUGGAUACUCUUUCAUCUUGGAUAACAACGGGAAAGUGCUUUACCAUCCGGAUUUCAGACCCAUGGAUGACAAAGGAGACUACAUGACAACGUUGAAGCCGAAAUAUCACUCAAUUGACUUGACAGAAGUUGAAUUACCCGAAGGAGAUCAAGGACAACCCGGAUCGAAAGAUCGAGAAAACGAGAAUACGAACUAUUUAUAUGAUAUGAGGCAUGAAAUGGUCAUGCAAAAAGAAGGAGAAACGGAAAUCAAAGUUAUGGUCCAUCAUGAUGACAUGAAACGUGUUUCCAUGAGGAAUUUAAGAUAUUAUUAUGGACCAAUUGAUGGAACUCCGUUCUCCUUGGCGCUUGCUCUGCCUGAUAAAUAUGGUAUUCAUGAGUUGAAAGCGCAACAAGAAAUUAGACAUUCACAUACUAAUGUGACGGAAUAUUUCAAAGGUCACAAUUGGAAAGUCAAUCCAGACUGGGUGUAUUGUGAGUACAAUACGCUGAAAGAUCUCGACAAAGAUCCUGAUCUUUCGAACGGUCCAAUGGAUGACAAUGCUUUCCGUGAUCGAGAACCCAGCACGCCCGAAGAACAAUUACUCCAUUUCCUCGCGAAAGCGGGACUCCCGGGAUGGAAAUGGAUGUCGUUGAGACCGCGUUCCCCAACGCCUCAUCACAAUCACAACGGCAACAUGAUGGGCCAUUUUGCGCAACAUCAGAACGCAAAUGUGGGUUCUCGCAAAGCUGAGCCAUACUAUUGCGAUAGAUAUUUGGUUCAAAGCUUGGUACGAGACGCCAUUGUCACGGAAGAGCUCGAAGACAAAAAGGAGGAGAAGAAAAAUUCGCAUCACGGGCGCAAAGAGAUGAAAGAGACAAAAAAAGGACAUGAAAUGUUCUCAGUAACGACGACUUUUGUUGCGACACGUUCUGGAUUGUUACGAUGGGUAGAUCAUACGCCGCAGUCUCCCGAUUCAAAAGAGCCGCAUUUCAGCUUAAAGAACGCUCGUGCAAUUGAUCAAUCUUGGUAUAAACGAGCUGUAGAUCAACAUGCGAUUGAAUCUGAAGGAUUUGUUUACAGUGUGCCGUUCGAUUCAGGAUAUACGGGCAAAAAUAGUUCAGUUUUAGUGACAGCUACUCACGCAAUCUUCAUUGAACAUCGAGGACACAAAGCUCCUGCUGCUGUCGUUGGAUUGCAAUUCAAACAUGAGUCACUUGCGAAGCAUUUUAUUAACAUUACGUCAACUUGUACCGGAUCUCAAGGAAAUUGCAAGAAAACGUGCGCUUCAGACGAUCUCGACUGUUAUUUACUCGACAACAACGGUUUCGUGCUACUUUCGGAGAAAACUGAGCACACCGGAAAGUUUUUCGGGCAAAUUGACGGCACAAUUAUGGAUUCUCUCGUACAAGAUCGCAUCUAUCGUCGUGUCCCAUUCAUGGAUUAUCAAGGAAUCUGCUCGGAUAAGGACAAUCCGUAUCGUGCUGCUGGCGAAGUUAUUCGCCCAAUCACGCCUCUCGUAUGGUUCUUCAAAUAUUUCACGGCUUACAUCAUGACUUGGCUCUCUUUCAUGUCAAUUCCGACGCGAGCGUAUCCUCACAGUUAUGACGACAUGAAUUACGAAGACUAUGGCAUGAAAAAUUACGAUAACUACGAUGAAAAUUACAGCUUUAACGAUAAUUUUCCGUCGUCAGCAUCGUUACCGCCAACUUCAGAUCGCGGAUCGAGCAGUGCUCCAACGCAACCCGCCGCUACGCCAACCAAUAAACCCGGAAAUACAGAAAAAAGUACAGGACCUCGUGUGAUUCCGGAUCCGGCACAUGCGAGAAGUUGCGAUUUGACGACAGAUUUGUACUUGUUACAGCCUGAGAGAUUAAAUCAGGGCGGGCAGAAUAAUCCGUUGAAGGGAAAACUUACCAAUUGUCACCAAUCUGGUUGUGAAAGACCAUUUAGUGUGCAGAAAAUCCCAAAUAGCAACUUGAUUCUACUCGUUGUCGACACGCUGUGUCCCUGUGGUUCGAAACAACUCGACAUUGAACCACAGGAAGUUCCUGAUGGCGCGGGUGCCUGCGGUGCUCGUCGCCUCUCUCGCGAGAAAUUAGAACGCAAACGACCAUCUAAAUGUAUAAAUUACCACCCCGAAGAAAUUGAAAUUCAGCAAUGUGCAACAGCAACGACAAUACUUUUAGCAUCUAGUAGAUUCUUAUCACUUUUCUCGUCACUAAUAUCCUUCACUAUUAUGCUAAUUUUCACAUCGUCAGCGUGA